CAAUUCAUUUGAGCCGUUGGCACUUUCAUUUCUUUCUUUUUUUGGUUUGGCAUUCUGGCGAAAUUCUAUUGUUACUACCAAAAGUCUUCCACUGCCCUUCUCUCUCUCUCUCUCGUAGUUAAGACAAUCUCUGGUUUUGGUUUGAGCAGCUCUGUGUUAUCAUACAUCUCCGACAUGGCUUACGCUGCCGUGAAUUCUCUUCUCUACACAAUAGACCACCUUCUAAAUUCUAAUCGCAUCUCAUUCGUCGCCUCCACUUCGGAAACCCUAGACUUUGCAUUAGAUCGCGUCAAGUCGCUGCAGGGAUCACUCAGACAAUUCGACGACCUCAGAAACAACACCGGAGGAGUGAUGGCUUCGGAAGCACGAAUCAGAGACGAAGCACGCAGAUUAGAAGAUGCAAUUGAAUCUCACGUUUCAGCUCAGUUUCUCUCGCAAUCUCAAAACCACGACCGCUGCCCGCCCACACUCUCUCUCACCCUCCAAGACUCGAGGCAAGCAAUCGAUUGCUUUGCUAAAACAGCUGACAAAAUGGAAAACGAAUACAUUGAAGAAUUACACAAGCCAUUAACUGAAGAAGAAGAAGAAGAUGCCGCUGGUGUUGCUUCACUAGGAAACGAUUCCGGUGGAAACGAGUGUGAAAUGGUUGGAUUGUCUGAUUUUUUUCUCAAAAUCAGAAACCUGCUUAUUGCAAAUGCGAAUUUAAGAAGAACUGCUAUAUGCAUUGGAGGUAUGGCCGGUGUUGGUAAGACUAUGCUUGCUUUAAAACUUUUUCACGAUCCCUUAAUCAAGGCAAACUUCGAAUGUCGGGCCUUUGUCAGAGUAGGCCGAAAAUAUCGGUUAGAAGAAAUCUUGCGAGCAAUUAUUGCUCAAGUAGAUCUUGUCAGGGAUGAAAUGAUUACGGAAGCAGCUGAGGAUUUAUAUGAGUAUUCGAAGAGAAUUUUGAGCGGUAGAAAAUAUUAUAUCGUGCUAGAUGAUACUUGGGAUCUUGGUUUCUACCUCGACCUUAAAUCUGCACUGCCCAAUGAGGAUAAUGGAAGUAGAAUCUUGCUCACGAGUAGGAAAACUAGAACCAUUGAACCCGAUGUAACAAAUGCCUAUUCUUUCACAAUGCCAUUUCUUGAUGAAGAGGAAAGUUGGGAUCUUCUCAAGAAGAAGGUAUUUGGUGAAGAAGAGUUUCCACGUCGCCUCAUGAAAGCUGGGAAGAAGAUUGCUAAGAAUUGCGAAGGUCUUCCUCUUCUGAUCCUCGUAGUAGCUGCCAGACUCUUGUCCGAAGACAAGAAUGAUAUGGAGUACUGGAACGAGGUAGCGGAGAAGAAGAAUUCAGUUUUUGAGGAUUCUUGUGAUCAAAUAUCGGAGGUAUUGCUACUAAGUUAUCGGUACAUGCGUCAGUAUUUGAAACUGUGUUUUCUCUAUAUAGGCGUUUUUCCUCAGAAUUAUGUAGUGCGGCGGUCUAGGAUCAUCACACUAUGGGGAGGGGAGGGGAUUCUAGAACAUUCUGGUAGCCACGCGAUUGACAAAUUUGCUUCACAUAAUCUUGUUUUGGUUUGCGGAAGAUGCUUGGUUAGAGGAGCCCGAGUUCAUGCUUUCCGCCUCCAUCCUGCCUAUUGGUAUAUGUGUAGAAAAGAAGCUGAGAGUAGCAAGUUGUUCUGUUUCUUAAGUAGCUAUGCAGAUUGUUCGGUUGAACGAGUGACAAACCAACGUUGUUUUGCCAUCUACAAUAAUGUCUUGUUCGCCAUCAAAGAGGUCCAUGACUCGUUGGCAUCUAUUUCAACUGCACGUUCUGUUCUAUGCACUGGUCCUUAUCAUCAAUAUCAAGUGCCGAUAUGCCUAGAUUGGAAGCUGUUGAGGGUGCUUGAUGCUCUUACAAUCCGUUUCUAUGAAUUCCCAGAUGAAGUUGUGAAACUAAUUCAGUUAACUUAUCUGGGUCUCACUUGUGAUGCAAAUCUCCCUCCUUCCAUAUCCAGACUUUGGAAACUUAGCUACCUCAUUGUUCAUCGUCACUUGAGCAUCAAGUGGACUGUAGAUGAGUCUUAUUUGCCCGUAGAGAUAUGGGAUUUGCAAGAGUUGAAGCAUCUCGAAAUCAUUGGAAGAAACCUACCUAAUCCUACUCAUGGCGCGGUCUUACCCAACCUCAGGAAACUUUUAGACGUUGGAGCUCAUAGUUGUGGCAAAGAGGUACUUGAAAGUAUCCCAAAUUUGAGGAAAUUGAGACUUCAAAUUGAGUUAGCACCCGACUCUACUCAAGCCUUGAGCUUGUUUGAUCAUGUCUCGUGUCUUGAAGAACUAAAAUCAAUUCAAUGUGUGAUUGUGAACCCUGAAGUGUUGUGCGAGCCCAUAGUCCCACCUCCGGCUCUCGCGAUGUCCGUAGAGAGUCUUAAAAAGUUGAGCUUGAGCGGCUCUGGGUAUCCUUGGCAAGACAUGAGCAAGAUUUGUGAACUGCCAUAUCUUGCAGUGCUCAAAUUGCGGAACUAUGCCUUUCAAGGUGAGAAGUGGGAAGCUAAAGAGAGAGGAUUCCCAAAUCUUAAAUAUCUUUUGAUUGAAGAUACAGAUAUUGUGCAAUGGACAGCAGGAGAUGGAAGCUUCCCAAGGCUUAGAUGCCUAACUAUGAAAAACUGCUAUAAUGUAGAGGAGAUUCCUCUGUUUGCAUCUGAUGUGGAAGUUCUACUAUCACCUCAUAUAAUUAUUGAACUGGUCGACUGCAACCCCUUGGCUGAGACUUGCGCAAAGCAAAGGUAUGGCGCCGAGAGGGUUAAUGUCAAUUAUUCAUGGAAAUGACCAACAACAACAAACCAUCAUCAUUUCCAACAUGGCUCGCAAGCUCGUGGCCAUGGGAGGGCAUUCAAGAGCAAGCGGAUCGAACAAUUCCCAGAUUCAAAUUUUAUUUUGUCAAUAGUUUUUUUCUUGUUUCCUCUUCUUUUUUUUUUUUGGGUACUUGGAGAAGAAGAGCGAUUAAAUUUGAACUUUAGGCCUCUCUAUUUUUUUUCUUCUUCUUUCUUUUGGUUGAUGAGAAAUCUUGUAUGGUUUAUGUUACCAUGGGGUUUUAGAUGCUUGGGAUUUGUAAUUGUUUAUUACUCCUAUUGAGCAUAUUUCCGCUCCUAGUUUUUUAA